AAAGGUUCCUGAAGGCAGUGAAGAUCAAGCAUGUUUAAUAAGAGCUGAAUGAACAAGUGAUCCAACAGGUUUGCCAUUUGUGUUUGCUGAUCAUUUGUCAGGUGAUCACUGUCAACUAUGUAGGAAUAUGGAUAUGCUCCCGUCAUAGUUUAUUUACAAAAUGGAACUAAAGGUGGAAAACUAAAGCUUGAAAAGGGUUGUACAUGGCAGAACGACAAUAUGGUGUUUAUGGCUUUGAGUCUUCGACUGCUAUUCUCUGAGCAAGUUGAGUAUAGUAUCUUGGCCAUAUCAGCUGUGGUUUUCCUUGCAGCCCUUGGCUUUUUGAUAUGGCAAAUUUACCGCUACUGUACACAGUUUCGCGUUUUGCAAAGAGCUGAUGGCCAGCCAGCUAAAAGAGGAGGUUUUCAGAAUGGUAAACAAGCUAUGAAUAAGGUUCAAUAUGAGGAACUGAGCCACAGACUGUCGCCCGGCUCAUCUUGCACUAACCUGGGCAGCAAUUUAGACCUGGCAAGCUUGGAGGAUCUGGAGGAGGAGCACAUCCAGGGAUCUCUGCGAUUUUCACUGUUCUACGAUCAGCUGCAGUCCAAAAUGGUGGUGACAGUACUGGAUGCCCAGGAUCUGGCCGUAAGAGACUUCAGUCACAGUGUGGACCCUUUUGUCUGGGUGCGUUUAAUGUGGGCAGAGAGAGAAGAUAAAGAGAAGAACUCAAUGCGGUGUUUGCUGCACGAAUGGCAGACGCGUAUUGUUAAAAACAGCUGCUGUCCUGUGUUUGGAGAUCAGUUCUCUUGCAUUUUAGCUGAGGAUGAAGUAUCAAGGGUCACUGUUAGAUUUGAGGUUAGGGAUUUUGAUAAAUACUCAAGACAUGGAGUUCUGGGAGAGACCCGUGCUUCUCUGAACACAUUGAAGAUCUCUUAUCCUCUGGAGUUAAGACAGGAUCUGCAAGUACCCAGAAAAGAUAUAGUUGGCGAGGCCCUUCUUUCUCUUAAAUACAUGCCUACAUCUCAGAGGCUGGAAGUGGGAGUGUUGAAGAUCCACACAGUCUGCUAUCAUAAUAAGACUGAAAGAGCUCUCUACGCCAGAACUAUUGUGACCUGCAACCAGAGCAGACUUCGCCAUCAGAGGACAACUCAGAAGAAACGCAGGGAGGUCACUGUGUUUAAUGAGGUGAUGACCUUUGUGUUGCCAGAUCAACAAAUUAAAGAGUGCUCCAUAGAGGUGUCUGUUUACGAGAUUCAGCCUUCAAAGAAGUCCUCCAAGAACCUGAUUGGCCACAUCCAAGUAAAAAAGAACAAAACAGGUGAAAAUGAGCACUGGAAGCAGAUGAUGCAAUCAUUAAGGCAACCAGUCGCAAAUUGGCAUUUAAUCUACAUCUGAUGCACCUUAUUGACGCUUCCCAUCUCCCGAGGUGGAAGGUCAUACUUCCGACUUUUGUUUGCGCUUUCAGGUUGGUUGGACUGAGGAAACAACAUAUCAAGAAUAAAUGGUGCUGAGCUUUUUUUUGUUUUUGUUUUUUUUUUGUAUGCAAGUUUUAACAGCUCUUGGUUUCCUGGACUCAAAAGAUCUCAUGUACGCUCUCUAAUAUUUAUUUUUAACAACAAAUAUUACAGAGAUGAAACAUGUAUAUUUGUAACACGAUAAUGACAACGAUGAUGAUUGCAAUUA